AAGGACAAGGAACGCACUACCUAGCAAUGUUGAGCCCUAGAAAUACAUGGGCCUCCUUGUGUUGGAAUAUAGCCUUGAAGCCUGCGGAUCACUUUUAAGCGCGCUUGAGUUCGAUUGUCAAUCUCGUCUCGUCGUUUAAGAAACAUCACAAAAGAGGAGCACCACGAAGCAUUGCAGUACCCGAGAAGUUCCGCACGGGAGAAAAUCAAAAUGCGGUCUCACGAGGAUCAGCCGACUCUAUUACGUGAAGACCAUCGGACGCAGCGUACAUUGAUCCUAUAUUUCUAAGCAAAGCUGCUUCUAACAGACGAGGAUACGUUUUGUCAUCAGACUCUAACAGCUAGAACUAGUGUGUAGCGCGUCUGUCGCUUCUGAAAGUUCAACUAGUUUAUUCUUGGUCAACAUCGUGUGCCGUGGAUUUUUAACCUCAUGGAGAUGGACCUGGAUCCUGAUGUGAACGGAUAUGGAUUUUCAUUUCUCGAAACCACGACUUCCCAGGUGGGGACGGCGGCAGGUCGGGACAGCAUCUGGGUUUCAUUAUGAUUCUUUGAGCAAGAACUACAUUGAAAAGUUGCUGCAUGUUACUGAGGCCCUUCACUUUCACUUCUUCUCUAGAUGAUGCGCCAACAUCUUUUGCCAGAUCAUGAGUGACGUUCACAAAGAUACUCGAGCGCAAUUGCAGAUGAUUGAUUAAAUUUUUGUGGAUCGAGAUGAAAGCCUUGGGUGCUCACUCGAUGGCUGGGAUCACGUUCGUCUGUUCUUGACUUCACGGAUAUGAGUAUAAGCAAUUACUUACCGACGGAGUGAUAGUUAGGCCUCCCUAGCUCCCCUUAGUUACGUCUCCGACGCGCGGCGUGCUCCCAAAAGUAUCGCUUUUUUGGGAAGGUGUAGGUUCCGCGACGUUCAAAGCACACAAGGAAAAUUAGCCGGCUAAUUUCCCUCGGUGGUUCGGAGUUCGUUCGUAGUCUCUAUCCGAAGUAUAUUUUUGUGGAUCCGUUAACUAUCGUUCAUUCCGGACACGGAAGGUAAUUAUCAAGAUCAUCGUUUGAUGAAAGGAUGCCAGAAGUACUAAUGAUUCGAACCACCUUACCUUAAAGCUCAACUUUCAAUGGUCAUUGGAGUUGGUCACUGAGAUCGAAGAGGCGACCCCUUGAGAGAACCGGGGAAAACGAAGGGAAAGGGGAGAGCUUUGAAGGGGGUCUCUUCCGUUCAGAGUCAGUGGCCAACGAAUGCCGCGCUUUAAUUACCACUACCACACCUUUUGCUUUUCAUAUUAGACGAUCAAGAGCACCAUAGCGGGUCAGCAACGGGCGGAGCAGUCGCUUCGAACGAAGGAGUACUGAAGAGCGCCACGUCAGAGGAGGACUAUUAUUUAGGUACUAAGAUGAACGCAUGCGAUUGCGAAUGCGUACAUUUAUGCUUUUUCUUAUUCAUGAAUUCUGCAUGUUUUUUACUUUUCGCUCAGGUUUUUAUUUCUUUGGUUUGUGUUGCUUCUGCGUGUUAUGGAUGCCCUUUGAGGCACUUCAACUGUCCAUCAAAUUAUUUUGCAGGUGGUAGCUCUUUUCGUAGCGGUCACAAAAGCGGUGCAGUAGGAUUAUCCUCCGCACCACGGGUUGCGAUGAAAAUCGAGGUAGACAUUAAGGCUUCGCCUGAUCCAUCUCUAUAGGGAUUCCUCAACCGUAUGUACCCAAAUACAAAGGAGACACUGGGGCAGAUUCUUGCGGAAUCCCUGCAGAGAGGAACUGGGGGAGCCUCUAAGUAAGGAGCAUCAGAAAUUAUGAAAAAUUUUAACGGAAGAUCUACUUCGUAGACGUAGAUUAUCCACUGAAGAUAGUGAUUGAUGCGGUGCUGUUACUGUGCAUAGGGAUAGUACCGUGGUCCUGCUAUGCAUCGGUUUCAUCUAAUAUAGGAUACCUAUAUUGGUUUGAUCAUUAUAGUAAAAGGUCUCACUCUGAGGCGAAAAGGCUCUCUAAGAAUGCAGAAUCGGAGGCCACGUAUCGAUCUGGUUUCAGUGUUGAGCAGAAGGCCGAUGUCACAGACAAUGCGUUGGGCGUCAAGAUUGCCGCACGUGGAUCUUACCGCAGACCACCACCGGGCCGAUCCUACAGGUAUCCUCUGUUCUGCAUCUACAUCUAGCAAUAUUUUUGUCAGAGACGGAAGUGAUGGAUGUGGUAAAUAUCUGUGUGAGCAAUCUCUAGCGAGCAAGCAGAAGACCACGCGUCCUCGUUAGUGUUUAGAAACAGUAGUAGCCGCCGGGGAGACUAGCGAACCGGGGCAGUUGAUGAAGCAGCUUGAGCUGCAACAGGUCCAGGUCAGGGAAAUCAACUUCACGCAUGGCCCUCUGCGACUUGCUGCGAAUGUUUGCUGGGACUCUUCGAGCUUCAAGUUGCGAAUCGAGCAACUCUCUGCCCCAAAUUGCGAUGGGAACAACUUCGUCGAGGACGCCAUCACGUUGCUCGAGAGAGCAAUCAGCGCGCGCAAAUGAUCAUCAAGAUGUGGAGGAGCUGACUUCCGAGGACAGAGCGACACUGUCAAUUGCAAUUCUCCUCAGUCCCUUGUUUCGGCGCGAGUCCUAUCGGUUUUCCAUCCACAAGGGCUUAGCUCUUGGCUCUCGGGGUACAUCAGAUAUAGCCCGUCACUGUUCUAAUUAUGGGCCGUCGACUAAUAUGCCUGUGGGGCUUGGGCUCUAGCUUUUCUACAGCGGUUGUCGUCGUGCUUAAUCGUUUGCGUAGUUGUAGCGUCUGCCCCUUGUGCUUCAGCUUCAGGCUUCCCGCGGGGUAAUUGAGUGGAAUUAUUGAGGGAAAUUCUAGACCCGGAUAUCUCUAGGGUCACCCUUGGGGCGGUCUUAGCCUGUACAAAAAAAGAAACCAAAAAAUGCGGUGGGGACACCAUGAGCAUGAGUGAAUGAAUGAAAGAAGAAGGAGACAUGUCUUUUUAUGGAACCCGUAGCUAUUUUGGCUCAAGACUCUGUCUUGUUGCCUGUAUGGGAUGUGGCGACACAUAGAUAACUGUUAAGUGCGUAGAGGGCGUGGUCGGCACAUCCCCUUUUAUAAUUUUGUUGUAACAUCGAAAAGCGCUCGCCCCGCUUCGUCGAAUACAAAAGUCUGCUAGGACGAAAAAAAAAGCUAUGGGUAGCGAGAUCGAGGCAUGACGCGGCGCCUCAUCUCAACAGCGCGCGACCUUCGACUUUAGAUUUCGAGCGUAACAGUCAUCACAGACCAAAUCAUGGCGAGGUCUUGACGGAUCGAUCGCCUGUAUUCAUCGAAGCCGGCAUCUUUGCGGAGGUCGUCCCAGCGAAGACCCGCGCACGCAGCGGCUGCACACUUGCAAAGUGCACGGUGAAUUUCAUUCAGGCUGGGUGGUGUUCUUUUUUUGUUAACUCAAUCAGGAGGCGUUGUAACCAUUUCAGAAAACUAGAAAAGCAAAAACUGGCACUUACUUGGCUCGAUUUCAGUGCCGAGGAGUAUUGGCGCUUCUGGCUAUGAAGUUGGUGCUAGCAUGCACGCAAGUCCUCCGCAUUGUUCACCAUCCAACCAAAUCCAACAACAUAACCACCCAAGAACUAGCUUAGGUACAUAGAUACUCAGCCCGCUGAACUGCUUCGUGAGGUGCAUGUAGGGGUGGUUAGCGUGACGGGCAACCCUCUCGCAUGUGCACACGGUCGGAGAGGGCUGUUGUAGAAAAAGUAGCCAGGUGCAUCUGCAGGACCGGAGCGGGGGUUGGCGGGUCGUGGAGUGCCCAUGGGUUCAGCCCCUUGAACAGUGUGUACGGUAGGCGGACGCGCAUCCUUAUUGGGGUGUUGCUUUUGCCGGGCGGCUCUCCCUCUUACUCACACCAGCGAGAGUAGAAGAGGCAGGGCCACGGGUCCUGCUGUGUGAGUGCCGUAAGGUGCGACAGUGGCGGCCGCAAUGAACGAAUGAACAGUAGUUCGCUGUUGUCUACCUGUACGAAACUGGUCCUAGUGCGAAUAGCAAUAGUGCUGGCCCGCCUGAAGACAGCACCUAUAAUUACACACCAGAAUGUGAUGUCGGUACUAGUUGUAUGUAUCCUCAUUCUUUUGGAUAAGAAGAUACUUAGAUGAAGAUAAAAGUAUGUCAAGUAUAACUUAGUUAUCGAACAUCAUGAUGAAACUUCUAGGGCAUCCUCGGGUGGGAACCACGCUUUGGCAAUAGAACAAGCUGCUGAAGCUCAUCGGAAGAUGGUCCAAGAAGAAAAGAAGGAAAUGGAAAACCUAGUGCGGGAUCUAGUUUAUGCAUCGCAAAUUUCGUUUAAGUGGUAGACUGAAACAGAAACUUGUCAAUCUACUUCUAGGCAAAUAGUAUCUGAAAGUAGAUUGAAAGUACUUCUACCCAACAGGAUAUGAAAUAAUGUCCUUCUUGUUCUUGACGUCGUGCUCCAGCUGCGGUUUCAUAUAGUCGUAGUAGAAGCCGACAGAACAAUUGAUGAAAGGCCUUUUUUUUCCGUGUCUCUAAUGCGCUCAACAAUCUGAGCAUGACCCUAGAGGAAUUUUUGGAGAUGAGAACUUCGGUUUCGACUUACCGCCAAUGCCGCGCGCUCCUGCUGUAGAUCCAGCUGAUCAUGCAUUGGUUGGGACUGGUACUGGAGGGAUCACCUUCGCGGACCAGCAAUGGGCCUCGUACGCUGUGGACGAGCGCGUCGCGCGAGAGUAUCUGGAAGCAGCCAUGGGACAGCCCCUAACAGAUCAGAAUCAAGGAUUAAGGCUCCAGAUAUUUGAUUUCCACAGGUUCUUUUCCUUAGUUUCUUUCUUGGGAAUCCGAAGAGAUGAACGCAAGAAAUGAAAUGCUUUGAGCUCUAAAGGGAGUUAUUGCCGAGCGAUCAUCCGGGGCGCCCGUUGUCCCGCAUUUCAAUUCCAUUGCUGGAGAUACGUGGCAACGGUACACGCCACCAAAAAAAGACUGA